AGCCCCAGCCCCUUGCAGGCAGGAAAAGCUGGGGCCCUUCCAACAGGGGGCCUGGCCAUGAGCACAAAUUGAUGGCUUCUCUUGAACUGAGCAGCCCUCCCCGAGAGGGGACCCUUUUGUGGCGUUGGGUCCACCAGCCUCACUCCUCGCUGGCUUCCUGUGCUACUGGGAGCCAAGGCGGGGCCACCCUGUAGCCCUCAGCUGUGGCUGGCAGUUUGCUUCCUGAACCCAGAGCCACCAGCCCGCCCUGGGGAGGGGCUGAGCCCGCCCUGCGUAAGAGGCCAGGGCUGCCCUCUGAAGGAAGCUCCAAAGAGAAAGCGGAGGAGAAGGAGGCACCCAGCCGUCUGCAGGUGUGCGGGCUGAGGCCAGGACUGGCUCACACUCCAACGCUCCGCCUGCAGCCCCAGCCCCUUGCAGGCAAGAGCCACCGCAGCCAUGGCAGGCAUGAAGACGGCCACCGGGGACUACAUCGACUCGUCCUGGGAGCUGCGGGUGUUUGUGGGAGAGGAGGACCCCGAGGCUGAGUCGGUCACCCUCCGGGUCACGGGGGAGUCGCACAUCGGCGGGGUGCUCCUCAAGAUCGUGGAGGAGAUCAAUCGCAAACAGGACUGGUCGGACCACGCCAUCUGGUGGGAGCAGAAGAAGCAGUGGCUGCUGCAGACCCACUGGACGCUGGAUAAGUACGGCAUCCUGGCCGACGCCCGCCUCUUCUUCGGGCCCCAGCACCGGCCCAUCCUCCUGCGGCUGCCCAAUCGCCGAGCUCUGCGCCUCCGAGCCAGCUUCUCCCAGCCCCUCUUCCAGGCUGUGGCCGCCAUCUGCCGCCUCCUCAGCAUCCGGCACCCUGAAGAGCUGUCCCUGCUCCGGGCUCCUGAGAAGAAGGAGAAGAAGAAGAAGGAGAAGGAGCCGGAGGAGGAGGUCUAUGACUUGACCAAGGUCGUCCUGGCUGGGGGAGCACCGACUGCGUUGUUCCGGGGGAUGCCAGCCCACUUCUCAGACAGCGCCCAGACGGAGGCCUGCUACCACAUGCUGAGCCGGCCUCAGCCGCCGCCCGACCCCCUCCUGCUGCAGCGCCUGCCUCGGCCCAGCUCCCUGCUGGACAAGACCCAGCUGCACAGCAGGUGGCUGGACUCGUCGCGGUGCCUCAUGCAGCAGGGCAUCAAGGCCGGGGACACGCUCUGGCUGCGCUUCAAGUACUACAGCUUCUUCGACCUGGAUCCCAAGACAGACCCAACGGAUGUGCUGGACAGCCUCACCGCCAUCCCGGAGCUGAAGGACCAUCUCCGCAUCUUGCGGCCCCGGAAGCUGACCCUGAAAGGGUACCGCCAGCACUGGGUGGUGUUCAAGGAGACCACGCUGUCCUACUACAAGAGCCAGGACGAAGCCCCGGGGGACCCCAUUCAGCAGCUCAACCUCAAGGCGGAGGGCCUCAACCCGUACGGCCUAGUCGCCCCCCGCUUCCAGCGCAAGUUCAAGGCCAAACAGCUCACCCCCCGGAUCCUGGAAGCCCACCAGAACGUGGCCCAGCUCCCCUUGUCCGAGGCCCAGCUGCGCUUCAUCCAGGCCUGGCAGUCCCUGCCUGACUUUGGUAUCUCCUACUUCAUCGUCAAGUUCAAGGGCAGCAGGAAAGAUGAGAUCCUGGGCAUUGCCAACAACCGACUGAUCCGCAUCGACCUGGCCGUGGGCGACGUGGUCAAGACCUGGCGCUUCAGCAACAUGCGCCAGUGGAAUGUCAACUGGGACAUCCGGCAGGUGGCCAUCGAGUUUGACGAACACAUCAACGUGGCUUUCAGCUGCGUGUCUGCCAGCUGCCGCAUUGUGCACGAGUACAUAGGGGGCUACAUUUUCCUGUCAACGCGGGAGCGGGCCCGAGGGGAGGAGCUGGACGAGGACCUCUUCCUGCAGCUCACAGGCGGCCACGAGGCCUUCUGAGGCCUGUCUUACUGCCCUGUACCACUCACCACGGCCACGGCCACUCCUAAGCCCACACUCGCUGGGACUCACUGCCCACACCCUCUCCACGCACCGAGCUGGGCACAUCCGCACUGUCACUGGCUUUGUGCAGACCAGGGACCCGGCUGGGCCAGACUCUGCAUCCCCCUGGCGGGGGAGGGCGGUCCUGAGCUCUGCAGCACCUCCCUUCCCUCGUCUGAGUGGCCGGGAGCAGCACCCCUGGCCUAGUUGUAGUCCCUGAGCCCACAGGAAGGCUAGCUGCAGCCACAGGAUAAUAACUGAUGGUUUCAAAGUGGAGGAUUUUUUAAAAUCUUUUUACAUUUCCUUUUUUAAUAAAUAUUUUAUUGUUGGCUCAUC